UACAGUGUAAGAAAUGAAUAUGUCAACGAUGAAAUGGAUAAAAAAAUUGCCAAAGAAAAUAGACAAUCGAGAGAUUUCUAUCAAUUUCGUCUUCAAUUUUUUUAUUUAGGACAUAUCAGUAAAAUUAUUUAGUAAAAUGGAUUAUUAAAUAUUUUGGCCUAUUAAAUUUACAUUAAAAAAUUUCAGUAAAAUUAUUUCAUCAAUUAUUAAAUUCAUUCAACAACAAAAAAAUGGAUCAAAAUGAAAAAUGUAUAUUUGUUUCAUUCUACAUGUAUUUGAUAUAUUAACUUAUUGAGUCCUAUCAAUAAUUCGUGUAAAUCACAGGCUGGUUGCAGUGUCAACAACAACAUCAACGAAAUCAACAACAACAACAGCCACGUCAAACUUACAGCCAACCAGUGCAAACUAGUCCUUGUGGUGGUUUUUCAAUGAAUCAAAAUACUUAUUAUCAAAACCCGGCUCAAAUGGAUUCUUACAUGGCCCAACCUGCUCAACAUUCCGCAAUGGCUGGUAAUUCGCCAUUAGGGGCUGGUUUUCCAUACUCUUCACAGCUUCCUUACAAUGUUACGACAUCUCAUCCACCUCUCCACCCUUCUCAAUUUACUUACGGAUCUCCAGCUCAAGCAACAGCCCUUGAACAAUUUCGUGCUUACUUACAAGCCCCAUCUCCAAUUUUCAUCUUACCGAAUAAUCCAAGCCCGGUACUUCAAAUUCCUCAGACUUCUCAAGUACGAGAACAAUCAUUUAACUGUCCUGGUGUAAGAGAAACUUGUCCAAAUUUACCGCAAUUCUGCUGUCCACCGGCUUGUAUUCCCUAUCCUUAUCCUAUGCCAAUGUUUAAUCCAUUUGUGUUACCAAGUGGGACAUGCAAAGAGACAAGCUGUUGUAGUCCUAGAAGGCCUGAAUGUCGUGCAACAAAUUAUUCAGUCGAUGACUCCAGAGAGCACAAGUGUGAGAAUGCAAACGAUGACACGAUCUGUACUAGAAUAAACUGUCCAUCAGCUAUCAGUCUUCAAGCACUAGCUUCUCAACUACUAUCAAUUCAAGGUGUCAUCUCUUGUGUUGCAACACGACUUGUAUUAAGAAAAGUUCCGGGAUCUAAUAUUACAAAUACGAUGGAAGAAACUGUAGAACGUGCUCGAAAAACAAUUGAAACACUAAACCAAGAUCAGCUUUUAGCUGAAACUCGAAAUGCACAGCAAGUUAAUGCCUUAAUUAAUCUUCAUAUGGCUGCUAACCCACCAAGUAACAUUAUCCCUAUACUUACAACCAUUCAAUUGAAAGUGAAUCUCUUGAAGAGUCACAUUGAAAGUUUAAUUAAUCGUCGAAUAAGUGAAAAUCAAGGGGCCGGAGCUGAGUGUAGUUCAAGCUUAGAUCCUGUCAUUCUUACCUUAAAGUCAGAUGAAGAACUAAGGACUCUUCUAGCUACUUUGAGGCAGAAGGAAUGUGAUCAAAGGGUCAAUCUAAACUUUGCACCUUAUCAUUCACAACGAGUAAUUGCUGAAACUAGACUCAAAAAUGUUCAAGAUAAGAUUGCACAAGUGGAGGCUGAAAUGGAAAGACGAAGAAAUGCUGCAAUUCCACAAUUUAGAUGUCAAGAACCAUAUGGCAGAGAAGCUUGGCACGUUUACCCAGGUACUUUACCAACUAUUGGGCUUUUUAGACAGACGGUGACAAGCCAACCACAGAACUUUAAGUCACCAGAUCCCUUUCAGAUCGAGGUUCGUAACCCAAGAAGGUUGAAUCUUCAGCCACAUGUUGGUAGUCCUGAAACCACAUAUCGCCGUCUGCCUUUACAAAUGAAAGAAGCUGGAUCUUCUACUGAUAAACCAACCACAAAUACCACUAGUACUAAUAAUCUGGUAAUAUGUGAUCAAAAUGAUAGUUCAGACAAUCUGUGCAGCUGUGGUGAGAAUAAAUCUUCAGAUGAAGAAAUCGCUGAUGCAGAUAAAAAAAAACUUCACCAACUAACCAACCAAAAUGGUCACGUCGUAGUAAUAGGAAUUAAUGGCGAAGUUGUAGAGUUAACUCCUGGUGUUGUUGUUGUAAUUAAUAAUCCUCAAUUGGAGUCUAAGAAAGGAACAGUUAAAUUUGCCCAAAACGAUGCGUUAGAAAUUGUUAUUGAUAAUAAAGAAAAGUCGUUUGAAGAAAAUCCAUUGACUGAUGAAAAUAUUAAUAAUAAUCACCAUCAGAGUAAUAAAAUAGAAAUAAAUUAUAAAAAUAUUUCAAAUAUAGAAUUCAUGUUAUUUUUAGUAUCAACGAAUCCUGAUUCAUUUAAAGAAGAGACAGUUCAAAUGAUUACUGAUGUAAAAUAUGGUGCAAAGUCAGUAGCUAUGAGUUUUGAAACUUUAUAUUCAAAGGAAGAAGAUAAGAGUAUGGAGACAGGAAAUAAAAAUGAACUAGGUAAAAAAAAUUCUAGUAAUAUGAUAAUGAAUAAAAAAAAUAUUCCAAGUGAAUCUGAAAGCAAAUAUGAUAUUGAAAAAUAUUUUAAAGGAUUUCUUCAAAGAGAUUCGAAAGAUAGUAUCAAAGGCAAAAGCGAGAAAAAAGAAAUAUUAUACCAAGAACUAGUUCAAGAUGAAUCAUUUGAGAUGAAUGAAAUUAUUGACUCCAUUUCUAGUUCAUGUGAAGAUAAUUUUUAUGAAAGAGUAGAAAAGAAGAAUAAAGAGGCAAGAGUAGAAAAAAAUGAGAUUUCUUACAAGAGAUCGGAAAAGAGUACUUUAAAUCCUUUUUCUUUGAGACCAAGUCUUUCUACUCAGAGUAAUAAUGAAGGAACUUUGGGGAAUUUCGUCUCGGGUGCACUUUCUGUCAUCGGUAAUCACGUGGCAUCAUUUGGCUCAAUUAUCGAUAAAAUUACCGCUUUAAAACCACAUCUGGUGCUUGAAAGUUCUCAUGCAUUAUUCGAUAAUAAUUCAAAAAAGACUUCUAAUAAAAUCUCACAUUCUGAUGUUAAAAAACUUGAAGAUAAUGGCGAAAAAAGCUAUGAAAAUAGUGAGAGAAUAAGUAGACAAGAUGAAUGGACUCAUAACACGUUUCCUGACUAUAAAAAUUAUGAGAAAAAGUUAUUAAUUGACUUAGACCCUGAUGAAAUUAUUAUUCCACGAAUGAAUCGAGUAAUUAUAAAAGAUGAAACAAAUAAAAAAACAUAUAUUUUAAUAAAAAGAACAGAUAACGCUCAGGAGAAUAAGUUAGAAGAGUUUUAUAAACCACAAAGAAGUCUAUUGAUAAGAAGUCGACUGAAGAAUUCUCAAUCAACGUCUGAAGAACAGCAGAUUCCUUUCACUAUAGUAACAUUACCUAAAUGCCAAGAAAAGUCAGUCAUACUUUCAUCUAACUCUUUGAAAUCAAACCAGAGCAAUCGAUGUAUUCUCAGCCACAUUUUAAAAAGCAGUGAAAAGUUUUGGUCUCGGUCAAAAAUUAAGGAAUCAACGACUGAUGAAGAAACUGAAAUAAAUGCUGCUGAUUCGACAUCAAAUUCUAGCCCAAUAAUUAGAACGAGAGAAAGUUCAUUCAAUGAAUUGAAAAAGUUAAAACUUUCGGUAAAUCGAUAAUGAGUGAAUUGCGUAAAGUUUAAUGAAAUGCUUUGAAUAUUCAAAUCAUACUGGAAUCGAAUCAGUGAAGGGAUCUAUACAGGAUAUUUUCUGUUAAUUCUAAUAUAAAUUCAACACGAAUUUGAUGAAUUAGUUAACAUUAUAUAAAUGUAAAUAAUGAAAAUUGAUUAA